GGAGGAACCAGCAUCACGCCGGAGACGGGAGCAGAUCUUACUCAGCAGCGGUUAUCAGAUGAAUGGAACCACACAGCACGGUGUAAAUGUGCGGAUGACAGCGUCUGUGUAGCUCAGCCUGAGGAGGAAUAGAAGUGAUCAAUAAGGCAGACGGACACUGACUGUGUCCUGCUCACUGUAUCUGAAUCCUGCUCCCUGAUUUUUCCCCCCACUGCGCUACUUCACUGAACAAAUCCUUCUGAAGAUGGAGUUUGGGGAGAGGAAGAGGAGAAGGAAGUCUCGGAGCUUCAAACUGGUCACGGAUGAAGAUGAUGACCCGUCAUGUGUGAUGAAUCCCAGCUAUACGGAUCCCAAUGUGGAGCCUAAGGUUGCUGCUGUGCCUGAAGUAGUUUGGCUGGGGGAUGAGGGCCUGGAGAUCAAGAGGCAAAUCACAGGAAUGAUGCGGCUCCUGAGUGAUAAGAGCAGCAGGGCCUAUCACCGUAUGGGAGCAGAGCAGGACAGCUCAGCGAAGGAGCCCCCGGAGGCAGGCUGUCGGGCCUGGCUACAUCCGCCUGCAUCUUUGCCUCUUGUAUCAGACGACCACCAGAGCAACAGCUGGAGCUCUGCAGCGGACAUGGGGCCUGCAACGACUUCAACCAUAUCUACUUCAAUCCCCAACGGUCCAGGCUGUGCCCAGUACAGCACCCGCUCCAAGGCCCUGAGGAUCCUCAACCACACAAAGGAUGUCAUCAAAGUGAAUGAGGAUAACGAUGUGGUACCACCUGCUGUGUCAGAGGCCCCCUGCUGCAUGUGUAACUGUAAGGGAACCUUGCAGGCCAUUCUGCAGGAGCUGCGUGCCAUGAGGAGGCUGAUGCAGGCACAAAAAGCGUCGCUGGAAAGGCAGGAACAGACAGCAUCACCAUGCCAACCUCGUCUCGGUCCAGGACCCGCUCCUCGUCGUAGGCCGCGCAAGAGGAGGCCGAUCUAUAAAGUGGCACCGCUGAGUGUGUCUAGUACAAGGAGAGCUGCUCUUAGCCCUCUGGAGGCCUCGCCACUUAUAGCUGCACCUGCAGAAUCUGGAAAGAGGCAGGAAUCAGAGAACCAGCAGGACUCAUCCGCAGCCAACAGACAUCCAGUCUCCUCUGAGGUCUCUGUGCUGCCACCUCAGAACAAUCCAGUGGCUUUUAACAACUCACAGAGUCCUCUCCUGAACCAGUUCAGGGAACCUCAGUCAUUAGAGUCUGAGGUGCGUCUUGCCAAGGAUUACGAUGUGUUUAUCUCAAAGGCUCAGCUGGACUCCAUCCUCGUCAACUACACACGCUCUGGGAGCCUGCUGUUUCGGAAACUGGUGUGUGCCUUCUUUGAUGAUACUACCCUGGCCAACUCCCUGCCAAAUGGUAAAAGAAAGAGAGGACUCAAUGACAAUCGUAAGGGCUUGGACCACAACAUUGUAGGUGCCAUUAAAGUCUUUACAGAGAAAUACUGCACCGAACACCGAAUAGAGAAGUUGCCCGGGCCUCGGGACUGGGUUCAGAUCCUUCAAGAUCAGAUCAAACUCGCCAGGAGGAGGCUGAAAAGAGAUGCUGCAGAGGCAGAAGAAGUCUUAAAUGGACCUUCUACAAGCUAUGACUACAGCAAACCUGCAAGUGUGAAGGGGACAGUGGUGAACAUGACAGGUUGAUGUGAGGGCUGCAGAAGAUUUCCUGAUUGUCAUCAUUACUUCUCUAACUUGAUUCAUUCAUCCUAUUCUGAUAUUUCUUUUGCAGUUGUUAACUGCUGUGUUUUGGAUGUAGAGGGGAAAACAGGACCAAGUGUAGAGGAAGUCCCUCCCUCUCACACACACACACACACUUGUGGUCCUUCAGACUUUUUAUUUGACAUGUAGUAAACCACUUGGAUCUGGGAUUCUAAACCAGCAGAUGAUACAGUGGUAGAAGAAAUGUCAGGUUAUUGUCAUGUUCAGAAGUAACUUACUGUUUACAUUAUGGGCGACAGCUAUAAAAGCCCACUCGCCUGGAUAUCAUACGAUAUUUAGGCUACUAAGAGUCAAAAGCCUGAAAUGGGACAAAGUACUGCAACAGUACAGCAUUCAUAUAUUUUGCACAAAUUACGUUUUAUGGGAUGUUGCCCAUUGUGGAUUAUGCCUUUAAAGUGACAUGUACUUCAAUGGGUGUAAUGUGCAGUGCAGCGUCAGCCUUAAUUUCAAACAUUACAUUGAAAAGUAAAUAUUUGAUGUGAGCUGAAAAUAAAAAAAUACGUAACUCUAUACAAUAAUGUUUCUUUUGACUUGUUGUUGUCAAUCUUGUGAUGGAAAUACUGUAUUUUCCCCCUUGCAAAUGAAAAUGCAGUGCACAUUAAAUUUAAUGGUUGUUUCCAUCAAUAAAUAUUGUUUCUUCACAA